UGGCGGAGGGGUGGUGAGCCACACGGGAUGGAAUCAGCUUUCUGUGAUGACACCCUUUGAUGGGCAGCACCAGCUGAGGCCUGGCCACGGCAGCCCAUGUGGACAGUGGCCCUCCAAGCCACUCACGUCCCUGCAUGGCCCCGUUUAAACUUGACUUUGCAGGGUCAGUGGUGCAGCCCCGACCCCACUGAGGACUCUUUAUUCCUUUUAUAGGGUUUUUAGGGUGUUUUUACAUCACUAUACCCUCCCCCCUUAGAGCCAGCCUGAGGAGCUGGUGUGUUGGUACUGCCCUUCUGGAUGGGGACAGGGAGGCGGGAAAGGGUACAUGAACUUGCACCGCCCCGGCACUCGCUGCUAGCCGAAGGCAAGGCCGGGCCUGCUCCGCGGACCUGCCCAGGGCUCCCACCGCCUGACCUGCGCCUCUGCCUCCUACCGCCCCCCUCCGAGGAGGAGUAGAAGGGACUUCUCAGUAGGAGGAGGGCGUGGGGCCGGGUUGUCCCAGGUGCCUCCUGGCUCCCCAGCUGGGGCCGGCAUUAGGAAGGAGGAGGCCCACCCGCCUUGACGGUCAUUUACCCAAUUGUGCUUUGUGGGAUAUUCAACCCAAGGACCGUGGCGCCCCUGGCCGAGCGUAAGAGGAAGCCCAAGUUCUCCAAGGAGGAGCUGGACAUUCUGGUCACGGAGGUGACCCACCACGAAGCAGUUCUCUUUGGGAGGGAGACCAUGCGGCUGUCGCAUGCCGACAGGGACAAGAUUUGGGAAGGCAUAGCUCGGAAAAUCACCUCCGUCAGCCAGGUCCCCCGCUCCAUCAAGGACAUUAAGCACAGAUGGGAUGACAUGAAACGGAGGACCAAGGACAAGCUGGCCUUCAUGCAGCAGUCCCUGUCGGGCCCUGGGGCUGGGGGCCGAGCCCCUGCCUUCAUGCUCACUGCCCACGAGAGGGCCAUCGAGUCGGCGCUGCGCACUGCCCGCUCCGGGCACGGCUUCCCCAGGGCGGAAUUGGACGGCACCGACAGCCCCUCGACCAGCUACGAUGAAGAUGAAGAGGUGCCUGGGCCCUCGCACCAGCCUCUUCGGCUGCCUCUGCAGCGGUCUCCGGAGGAAGAGGCCCCCCUGGCCAGGCCCACCCUGCUGCGCUCCUCCUCCUCCUCAGACCAGUCCGAGACUCUGGGCCCCAAGCCGGAGGCCCUGCCCCGCACCCCGCCCCAGGCACAGGCCGCCUGCAGGACCCCGCGGCCACACCCAGGCUCGCCCACCCCGGGCCUCGACUGGCAGCUCCUCCACGUCCACGCCCAGCAGACCGAGGUGUUCCGGCAGCUCUGCCAGGAGCUGGUGGCCGCGCACCAGGACAUGGCUAACAGCAUGCACGUCAUCGGCCGGGCCAUGGCCGAGCUGAGCAGCCGCGUCGGUCAGAUGUGCCAGACGCUGGCAGAGAUCCGGGACGGGGUCCAGGCAUCACGGCAGGGGCCAGAAGGGGCGGCCCCCACGGGCUCUGCACUCCCGGCCCAGGCGCCCCCGCUGGACCCCCCACAAGCUCCCCCAGCACCAGCCCCCACUCGGACUACCAGGUCUCGGAAGAGAAAGCACAGCCUCUAGCCCGGCCAGCCUGUGCCAGGAGGAGCUGGAGGGAGGCGUCUGGCCUCGAGACCGAUGACCCCUGUAGGACUCCGGGGCGCUGUCCCCCGUCGCCGAGUGCAGGCCGCUCCCCAUGCUCUGGGAGCCUGUGUCCGGCCCUCCCUCCUCUUUGCCAGAGGCUCAACGUCCAAGAAAAGCCCCCGCUUUCUGCUUGCUUGGCCCGGAGGCGCCUCCUCCUCCUGGUCGGUAUCUGGUGGCAGCGGCCAGCCUGGCGGGGAGCGGGCAUGAGUGUAGGGGGGCAUCCCAAGGGAACCCCUGCUUCGAGCCUCAGGGCCCUGCCUCAACCUCAUGACCUCCGGUCCCUGAUUCUGCUGCUUUCCCAGUGGGCGUGGCUGGAGGACAGGCGGGCAAGUCUGUCCUGACCUCACAAGGGCUCUGAGCCCCGGGGGCGCCCUGCCUUGGCCCUGGCUUGCUCUCGUGCAGUGCGCGUGCUCAGCUGCUGUGCUUGCCUUCUGUGGAGUCGGGUGGAGACCGGGUGAUGUCAGGGAGAUUAUCUUACGUUCUUGGAGCACUUUAUGCUCUUCCUGCACCUGCAGAUAUAUGUGAUCUCAGGGCGUGCUCAGGACAGCCUGAGAGGCAGCUAAGUCGGACGUCAUUCUCUUUAUCAUGUGCAUUCGUAGAUGACAAGUGACACAGCUUGUUGGUGGGAGGCCGGGACUGUGCAUUUGUCCAGCUCCCCUGUCCAGAGGCCACAUCUGGAGUCGGGGGAGCAGGGGGCUUGCUCCUUGCCUGGCCUCUGCGCCUGCCUUGUCUCCUCUGGUGGGUCGGGAGAGCGGUGGCAGUGCUAGGCACGUCUACCACACACCCUGGCCCUAAUGCUCUCGGCCAGGGGCCAGGGAGAGGCAGGCCCAGGUCUCGGGAGCCAGAAGGCAGCCCGGCCUCCAGUUCCAGCAGGACCGAGCCCGUCCCACGUGCCAGCAUGCCUCGCCUCUGCUUGCUCGGGCUGCAUUCGCACCAGCCACACAGCUCUGGCUUCGUGCUUCCCAUUGGGGUGGGGACACCUGGGCUCUCAUGUUAGGGAGGGAAGGGGCAGGUGGCUGGGGACAGGUGCUCCCCAGCUCUGUCUCUUUCCCGCUGCUCCCUGGCCUGGGAAGGAAAUCUUCUUUCCCAGCGGCUCUUUCUGCCCACCCGCCACCUCUCGUCCUGUCCCCGAGAGCCACCGCAGGGGCUGGGAGGCUUGCUGUACCAGCGCCUGCCCAGGCCCUUCCUGGAGCACUGCUUGUGAGCCCAGACCCAGCUCGUCCCACACAGGGAGAGUGCAGGACGCCUGCCACGUCCCUGUGCCCUCGGCCCCACCCCACCCUGUGGUCCUUUGGGGGCUCCUGUCCCCACAUGGGACGCUCUCUGCCCGACAGCCAGGGGCUGGGUCAUUGCCUGGAAUUGCCUUGCUCUCCCAUGCUGGACCCCAAGAUUGCCUCCCGAGCAUUUUUGUUAAGAUGGCAAUAAAAAGAAAUCAAUGUCACACUCUGAA